AUGAAAAGGUGCCUGAGUCCAGCUCGUCUGCCGUGCCUGGACCGCGGAUCUUCCUCCGUCCUCCAGCCUUCGAUCCUCCGUCGUCUCGUCCCCCGACACACACUCGCGUCCGCAAGCCGGGGACCUUUCCCCGAUAGGCGACGACAAUGGAGUCGCCGCCAGUUCUCCGUCGGGGCCGGUCCUCCGAUCAAUCGCCAAUUGCUGCAAGACUAUGUUAGGGUGGAAAUGAAGAGAUGUCCUAUCGCAGGACCAGAUCAGAGUAAUCCGGAAGCUUGGAUCGCAAGGCUGGAUCAGUACCUGCCGCCUUCGUUGCGGAGAGAUAGCGACGGUGGUCAUACAAACAUCGACGAUGUUUCGGAUGACAAUGUGGUUCGGACCGAUACAGCGGCUUAUUUUGCGCAGACGAUUCAAUUGGCUAAUUUACUGCUGCAUGCGCGGGAUUCCGGGAAGAUGGAUUUGCUAGCGUAUGUUGGUUUCCGGUUGAAUAAUUGGCCCGCUGUGCAGUUCUUGAUUAAUCGUUUGCUUGAUGCCGCGGACUCUCUUAAGGAGGUUACAAUACCUUCUAGGCCUUUGUCUAGCUAUGAUUGGGGUCUGGGACAGGGGCUCUCGCUGGAUGAGCUUACGGAUAGGUCUGAGUCGCAGGCUCCGAAAAUUCCGCAGGCGGCUUUGAACGGCCUGCCGGUGUCGGAUAUGACGAGCUUGGAUGCUUUCACGGAGCGGCCGUAUGCGGAUGACCAUUCGAAACGAUUUAUGGCUGAGGUGUGGCAGAGCUUGGGGUCUAUCGUGCUGGAGGCUGCUGAUGCUUCGUCUAACGAGUCGAAGUUGGCUAUGUCUCAUGUGUUUCAGAUUCUAGCUCGGCUGCACCAUUCUGAUGCUAUCUCCGAUAGGGUGUAUAAGUACGUCCCGCCGGAUAGUUAUCAAGCUACCUUCCGACCUCCGGGCAUGCAUCUGCUUUCCAGUCAUAUCAUGAGUGUUCUGUCUGACGCUGCGUGGCUGGUUCAUGAAGCGGAGGUUGCUGCUAAAGCGGCGGCUGCUGGAGAGGAUUCGCCUUAUCUUCCAUUCAAGAUGGGGGUUCGUGAGCUCGGGCCUGAGAUCUGGCUGGAGUUUAUCCUCUGGUGCUGUGUCGAACAUGGUCACAUCGAGGAGGGAGUAUGGCUAAUUGAUCGAAUGACAAGCAAGACUGGAGAUCAGGCCUGGAAAUUUCAGAGCUGGAAGCCCUUACUCGAUGACUCUGGGUCGGUCUGGCAGACUAAAGUCGACCAGGAAGAGACUUGGCGACAGCCCGGCCACCAGGAGCGCUCUACGAUGCUGCGAAAGCGGCAUAGUCCGACGCCUUUCCACGGGCUCGGAAAGCGAACCAUGAGCACUGAAGUGGCCGCGGCCUUGCUGGAUAGCCUUCCCAAUCAGGUAUAUCUAGGCCUCGGUUUCAGAGGUAUGUCACCGAGCGCCCUCUUGCGCUAUGCUUCCAGUCUCAAGUUCGCGAUUGCCCCGUCAACGGACGACGGCAAAUUAUUGCCUACGCGCAGAACGUCGAACUGGUUCACCGUGCGGGUUGUGGAAUCGGGAGGCCUCAAACCGGAAGCCGACCCCCGGAUAUUCGAAGACUUCCUCAGAAUCACGCCGUGCGUCGUUCCGCCCUGGGAUACCGACCUCCACCACGUCAAUGAAGAUGCAUUGACCCGAAUGAGCCCGUCACAGCUGUACGAUGACACAGCUGCCUUGGUCGGACUGAUUGAGUACAACAUCCGGUUCUAUUCGUCGAAGCGGUUCUGUGGUGACGCUUUGAACGCAUUCUCCUGGCUGCAAGCCAUCGUUGACAGCAGCAAGAUGCAGCGCAUCGACGAGUUCUUCUCUUCGCGCGUUGAUCGACCCGGCGUCGUCCUCCCUACCCUCGACCUUGACGAUCUGGACUCCGCCGAACCCUUCGAAUCAUCCAUGCCGCAACUGUCCAGCGUCACCCUGGCCGAGCUGAUCGACCUAAUCACCGUCUCGCGCGCCUUCACAUUCGGUAACUGGCUCUUCUACUCCGACGACAUCGAUGGCCCCCCAGUCCCUCCCCGCUCCUACGGCGACCAAGCCCUAGCUCCGUCCAUCAUCCGCUACGCUACAGCAACCCGGAACGCUGCCCUCUGCGACGCAGUCGUUCAAUCCCUCUCCCAACCUCUCUCCUCCAACACCCUCCGCGCACUCCUCAACUCCCGCAUCGCCCUACACCAAUGGGACGCAGUCACCAAACUCUUCGAAUACCUCCGCGACUACCGCGCCAAAUCCUGGGGUCAGAGCAACGCCACCGCGCUCGCCGCAGAGAUCAUCCGUCUCGAGCACACCAUCUACCGACAACAACCACCCCCAGACCCCUCAACCCUCCAAGAAACCACCACCUCCCUCACCCGCGCCAAGGACCUCCUCUCCCGCCUCCUCACGGGCGUCUACAACGAACCCACCCACGUCGCCACCUCCCGCUUCCAAGAACGCGCCAUCUCCGGCCUCCACAACAUCUUCCUCUCCAUCCCAGGCACCCUCCACGACCUCGCCGCCUCCCUCUCCAACUCUUUCCCCCACAAACCCACCACCACCACCAACAAUACCUCCCGCAACGCCAUUCCCUACAUCCCCACAACAGCCUUCCACACCCUCCUCUCCGCCAUCGUCGACACCCGCGGCAGCGCCGCCGGCCAACGCUUCUACGACAAAUGGUGUCUCGACACAAAAUCCCCCACCUCGCGCCGUCUCCAAGAAGGAGGCAUCGAGAGAUUCUAUCUCGGCAAGGAGCGGAACCCCGCGAAGGGCGACCCGCACUUCGACGCCAAGUACUUCAAGCGAGCCAGGGAGAAAGCCACGAUGCCGAAUCCCAUGACCGUGAGGAUUAUCGCGCAGGCUGCUGUGGCGGAGUAUUAUGGCUUUGAAGGCCAGGGCAGUGUGAAGAGUAAUCCUGCUGAAGAGGUUCUGGAUUUCUGUAUCAAGAGGUUUGAGGCCUUUGGGAUGCGGAGACGUGAGAUUAAUCGGGAGGUUGGGGGGAUUGUGUAUAGGAGACGGAGGGAGGGAGGGAAGUUGAGGAGGGAGAUGGAGAGGAAGGAGAAGGAGAAGGAGAAGGUUGAUGCUGUGGCUGUGGCUGUUUGA